GGAGACAACCUCGACUCAAAAACCCUAAUCCAAGGUGUAACUCAUCGUGCCGAUGGAUGCAUGGCUGAGAGGGCGCUCAGUCGCGAACGAUAGGCCUCGGGUACCGGGCGAAACCCGUUGUAUAUAGCCUUGUCUACGCAAGCGGGGCUCUGCGUAGUACUGACCCUUAUAUCCCUAGCUACUCGUGGGAACUAUAUGGAGAGCAACAAAAUAAAAUCUUUUAAAAAAAAACAAACAAAACGAACGACCUCCUUAGAUGAGACGGCAAAUGCUGAAGCACUAAGGGGGGCGAAACUAACAGAGAGUGGGAAGGCCGAGAAGGAGCCAUCGAAGCUGGAGAGGCCACUGAAAGCCGGGGUACCUAUCGGAACCCCGGCCCAGGUGACUAAGCCAGAGACGAUGGAACUUUCAACAGCUGGACCCUCGACGGAAAAAACGAUGGCGGCGGAGAGUGGGACGACAUCUGUUGAACCCUCAAAGCAGGUCAUAGAUCCCGGCUGGGAGAUCAGGUGCAAACCAAGAGGGAAGCCUGCCCAGACCGAAGAAGACGCACCUAUGCGGAAAAAACUUUCGCAGAGGAAGAGGCAGCGGCUCCAAAAGCGAAGAGAAGCAGAAAGCCGCCCCUCUGGAGACAAACAGGAGGUUGACGCCCCGGAAGGACGGGCCGAAGGAGCGACGACCCCUGCGGAACAAACCCAGGCUAAGAACAAACCAGAAGGGAAAGCCAAGAGGGCACGCCUGGACGAAACCAUAUCCCCAAGAGGCGACCACAAAAAACAGCGGACGGACGCCUCGGGCAACAAAGAACCACCCUCCUCCUAUGCGGCGGCAGCAGCGACAGACCUGACGGUGGCGAUCACCAACGAUCGCACGGGCAGACUGACGCAGCAAGACGCAGCAGAUGUGGAGAAGAAGAUCGGGGAUGCCAUCUUCCAGGCAGCCAUAGAAACCGAUCUGGACACCGUAGCGGAGGCCCCAGCGUUCUCAGGUAGACCCAGUUUAGUGGAUGGGUACCUGAAGCUGUGGUGCCAGGACGCGAACACCAAGGCGUGGCUGAUGAAAUGGUUGGAGUCGGCCACCCUUCAGAACGGAGACCGUCUCGUUGGGAAGAGGGAGGACGAGAUGGUCCGGAACACAAGGUGCGGUAUUCUGAUCCCGUCCCUGGAAGACAACCUCACCAAGGUAGGAAGGGUCCUCAACUUCCAGAACCCGUGGGCCAUGGUGAGGAAGUGGACACUACACCAGGCGAUCCCCCUUAAGAAAAGGGCCUGUACCCUACUCCUGGUGGGAAUACCUGAAGACGUUGUCCCUACAGUGAUGGAAAAGGGAAGGAGACUGAACUACCUAUGUGGGACAGUCUACAUUCGUUUCCAACACAGCGGAGGACGCUUCAGAGAUUCCCCACCAGAGAAGAACGCAACAGAGGCGAACACAGACGGAGGGGAGGACAAACCCGCAGAAAACGCAACAUCAUCACCAAAGAAUACCCCCUCUGCCAUGGACACCGAUGUCGCAAACGAACACACCUCAGACAUAGAGGAAGGCAUUUUGCUGGACUCGGAGGAUGAGGAUGGACUACCGAAGGGGAUCAGUCUCUUGGACCUAAAGGGAAGGGCGGAAGGGACACCCCCCGAUGGCGCCUUCCCACUGUAA